GAUAUUCACAUUUCACAUCCUUACCACUAGUGACAAUAAAAAGUCUCUCUACUUUUACAAGAUUGAAAAAAAAUGGUGUCUCCAAAACUAUCAAUAAUAUUAGUUCUUUUAUUUUUCACCUAUGAAUCUCAUUCUUCUUCUUCUUCUAGUUCACACAUUCAACAAUUUGAUGAUCACAAAGUUAAUUUAACAAUAUACUAUGAAAGUCUAAGCCAACCUAGUGCAACUUUCAUUGUGAAGAAUCUUGAAGAAAUAUUCAACAAUGAUCUCAUUGACAUGGUUAAUCUCCAAUUAAUCCCUUGGGCUGAUUCUCAUGUUAAUCCACUCAACAAUUCUAUAUCAUGCCAGAAUGGGCCAGAUGAAUGUGAGCUCAAUUCUUUAGAAUCAUGUGCCAUUAAUAUUUGGCCUAAUGUGAAUAAGCAUUAUGGUUUGAUUUACUGCUUUGAAUUUCUGGCAAUUGAGGGAAAGAGCAAGACGUGGCAAAACUGUUUCCAUGAAUUGGGUUUGCCUUUGAAGCUUAUUAUGAAUUGCUUUGAUGGAGGAAAUGGAACUGAGCUUGGACAAAACUAUAUUAAGGAAACAGCAAAACUAAAUCCACCUCUUUCUUUUGUGCCAUGGGUGGUAGUGGAUGAUCAACCUAUAGGAAAAGAUUAUGCAAAUUUUACAUUCUAUAUUUGCAAGGCUUAUAAAGGUGUUAAUAUUCCAGCAGUUUGCAAUGUUAAUUGAAAGAGAGUGAAAUAUAAAUUAAAGUAUUUUUUUUAGUCAAGAAAACAGUUACAUUCACAAUAUAUAGUAAAAUAAGAGACAAAGCACCUAUGUGUAUGAUUCCUAUUGGAAUACAAAUACCAAUCAAUGCAAGUUAUCAAAUAAUUAUUCUA